AAACCAUAAUUGAAAAUCAAUAAAAAUUAUAUGAGAAUAAACUUCAUCAAAAUAUAAUCAAACAAACACUUAUACUCAUUUUUGAAACCCAGAUCCAAUCACUUUCAGAUAAUUAUACUAAAAUAAAUGAAUCCUAAGCUUCACUUAUCUUUAACAACAAGCCAUGACAUCACAUCAAAAAAUGUCAUUUUAGAGACAGCAGGAGCAACACUCUGUCGAAGGGAUAACCAAUUGAAUAAGCUGAGGAUGAACUCAAGCGUAAGGCCUUAUCCUUCAUUGCCUCCUCAUUUCCAACUCAUUCUACUACUGGACAAAUCAGGCCAAGAACUAUAAAUAGAGAGAUAAGAAGACUAGUUAAUUAUAAGGAAGUAAUAACAGUACUAGCCAAGUGGGUAUCCUCUUAAUUGAAUACCAACUUGGAGAAUAAAACAUUUGAUUAUUCUUCUUUUCUUCUAAGAUUUCAAACAAGAAUCAUGGCUGAAGGUCUCAAGCAGAAGCCUUGUGAAAUCUUAUUACCAAGUGGAGAAGAUGACUAUGAUGAUUGUGAUGGUUCCAUGUUCAAUGCGGAAGAUGACGAGGUUUCUUUCUCUUCUUUUUCAUCCAACUCAUUAGCUGGGCCUCUCUAUGAGUUGUCCUCACUCAUGGCUGAUCUCCCUAUCAAGGGUCUGUCCAAUUUCUUCCAGGGGAAAUCCCAAUCUUUUUCUUCUCUCACUGAAGUGAAAUGCAUUGAAGACCUUGCAAAAAAGGAGUGCCCUUACAAUAAGAGGAUGAAGUCUUACAGGCGAAAUGAAAAAUCAAAAUCAUACAUGAAUCAGAAGCUAUAUUAUGCACCAAAUCAUAGUAGUAGAAUCAUUUCAAAGAGUGCUACUAGGAGUUCUUGUGGAUCUAUGCUGGGAAGAAGCAGAAGUAAUAAAGCUUCAUCAAUUUCGAUACAGAAGAACUAUCUAUAUGUUCUCAUCAAAGAAAAGGAAGAGGAUUAAACAUCUCAAAGAUGGGAAAAAAUUGAAGUUUUCAUAGCAUCAUUACUAUAUAAAAAUUAAUUCAUCCAAUGAAUAAGUAACAUCUUCGAAGAGGAUACUGAAGUUUGUAGAGUUUACCUAUAUCAAUUCAUUCAAUUGGUAGACUAGAAGUUUUAUGUGAUAGAAGUGAAAGCUUAAGACUUCAAUCAAUUAAGAGUUUAAUGUAUUUUUGUCAUAAUAUUGUUGUCGCUGCUAUCUAUAUCUUUUGUGAAUGGAACCAAAGCUUUUACCGAUCAAAAUUUCAAGAGAGAAUCGGUCAUUAGUAAGUUGCUAACUCAGGCAUAUAAAAUCCUUACAUGUUACUCUUUUCUAAGUAUACAAGUAGAAGCUGUUUUA